GUAGCUUUGCGUCUUAGUCACGUGAGAAGGCGGAAGCGUGGAGCCGCGCCGUCAGUCCUGGGGAGUCUCUGGCUACAGUACUGGAUAUAUAAGAUAGAAAGUGAUACAUUUACCUUCCUCUGGUGUGAUCAGCUAGUAUGAGCCUUCUGAAGAUCCGAUCAGGAUCCUAACUCGCCUGUUCCCGCAUCCGAGCUGCGGAAUCUGUCUGAUCAGCCGUUAUUGGAUCCCUUUGCUCUCGUUUGGGGAUCGGCCGGAUUUUUCAAGACGAGGAGUGAUUUGCACCGCGUACAUGUCCGUGCCCGGGAGCGCCAAGGGGGGCGUUAUGGCGGAGGGCAGCGGGUUCCUGGGGGGCCGGAUCCCGGUUGAGAUCGAGGAAAUGGCGAGGCACAUUAGAGACCUCGAUAAAGAGCUGUUCAGGAAAAUACUGAAAGCGGUAGUGAGCGCCGUGGAGGGGAAGGACUGCAGGGAUCUGAUGAGAUCCAUAGCGGAAAGCAGUGACGUUCCCGAGGACCGCCUGAGUCUCAUAGUGGCAGGAAUGUAUAGCCUGCUGAAGGAGGCUCUGAGACUUCCCACCUCUUCACUGAAGCAGGAGGUCUUCAAAGACGAUCUUCGGGAACUUAGGAUAUCGGAGGAGUUCAUUACAGAUUUUGCUAGCGUUGUCUUCGGAAACAGGCGCACGGCUCUGGAAGCUGCAUACACACACCAACAACCGCGGCUGCCCAGCAUCGAGGACCUCCAGUGGAGGGUGGAUGUGGCCAUUUCGACGAGUGCUGGUUUGAGAAGAUCACCAGAAAUUGAUUGCAGUGAGACUGGAAGGGGCCAGCGACUGCCUGUACCUGCUCUGAAGUCUGCUUGUUGAUAGUGCCCAUCUCCAAGUUCCAGGACCUGCGCUACAAUGUUGCCCUCAUUCUGAAGGAAAUGAACGACCUGGAGAAGAGGAGUAUUCUGAAGAUCCAGGACUAACCUCCCAGUGAUGUUUAGCUCUGUCUGGAUGGGGGACCGUGCCCCCCUUACUUAACUAAUAAAUCACCAUAUUAGCCCUGGCACAUUUAGGCUGUUCUUGGCAGAAAUUAAGUCGAACUGGCAACAAGGAUGACAUUGCUCUUUCUAACUAAACAUGGAGCACAUGUUCAGUGUGACUCGCUGAUUUACAGCUUGGAUCCGUGAGGCUAAAAGAUGGUUACUUGCUUGAAUUGAAUUCGGUUUUAAUUGUCAACGUAUGUAAUAUUUCAUAGGCUUCAUAUAUAGAGGGGGUGGUCUGUGGGGUGCAGGCAUCUGUAGUCAUCAGCAGAAAUUUUGCUUUAAAACAUUGUCCCCCCCCCCUCGCAUAGCCUACGGGUGAUACGGCUACGGGGAUCUGUGCGAUAUUACAUGUUUCCUUUCGUACAGGUCACUGGGAUACUGUGCUGUUAUUUUAUAAUAUCCAGUUUAACUGGUGCCAUACAGCUCCGUUGAUUAAAUUAUGAUAUUCACUCUGGAAGCACUAGCAAUUUAAGUGGUUUGUAAUUUGUAAUUAAGUGAUAUAAUAUUUCAGUAAAAUCUCUUCAAAGAAAGCUUGUAGCCCUCUACUGUAAUCGUGAUAAUUUUACACUUUUUAUACUGUCAUUUUUGAAAACCUUUUAACUAAAUACAUUUGAAAUGA